CUGGCUGCUACAGUAGAGUGCUGGCGCGCUAGAAGCCUGUGGUGCCCGAGCCUGCGCUCUGUGUCCGCUAUAGCAGCGUUAGUUAGCUCGCUAGCUUAGCUCGCUGGGUUUUACUCCGCUGUGUUCAAUGAGACAGACGUUAGCGCGGAGCUCCCGUUGUUAGCUAGCUGGAUGUCAUGGCGGCUGUUCGCAGUCUGCGGGUGUCCGUGAAACCCGAAAGCGCCUCGGACCGCUCGGACUCGGAUUCAGACUCCGACUCGGAUCGAAAUGCCAGAGAAGCGGAGCCCAUGGAAGUGGAGGAAGGCGAGGUCGAGUUCGAGUCUAUCCCCGUCCGCCGAAGUUUGAAGGAACUGCUACCGGACACAAGCAGACGAUAUGAAAACAAGGCUGGCACAUUUAUCACUGGGAUUGAUGUAACGUCCAAGGAGGCAAUUGAGAAGAAGGAAAAAAGAGCAAGGAGAUUCCACUUUCGUGCAGAGGACAAUCUUGCUCAGAGAAAUGUUGUUCUGGACAGAGAUCUGAUGAAAAAAGCUAUCCCAAAGAUACGACUGGAAGCCUUGCACAUGACUGGUUUAGAUGACAUGAGCACCCAGGAUGUGUUUGGCUAUUUUAAAGAAUAUCCUCCAGCCCACAUUGAGUGGAUUGAUGACACAUCCUGCAAUGUAGUUUGGUUGGAUGACGUAACUUCAACACGAGCUCUUAUUAACAUGAGCCGAAUGCCUGACAAAGAGGUGUCCAACACUGAUGUCUCCAAAAACACUGACCUUCCAAUUCAGGAACAAAGAGCUGGCCGAACUCGUGGCUCUGAUGAUGAGGAAGAGGAAGGUGAGGUUGAUGAUGAUGAUGACUUGGUGGUAAAAGCAGACAAGAGUAGCGAUGACAGUGAUGGGAAAGCUAGUGAAAGUGAGGAGGAGGUGGAGAAAAAAUCUACACAGGAAAACUCUGAGACAGAGAUGCUCACUCAGGCAGAGUGUGAUUCGCUGCUCCGGAAUGACCUGCGGAUCUCGACUAAAUCCUUCAAAGGCAACAAGCUGUUCAUGCGCUUUGCUACCCAGGAAGACAAAAAGGAGUUGGGUGCUGCAAGGCGGAGUCGUUACUACAUGAAAUAUGGCAACCCAAAUUAUGGAGGAAUGAAAGGCAUCCUUAGUAAUUCUUGGAAACGUAGGUAUCAUACACGAAGAAUACAGCGUGAUGUUCUAAAGACCAAGAAGACGUUAAUUGGAGACAGUAUGGGACACACACCACCCUACACACACAGGCAUUCAGCUGAUCUGGUGAAUCUGCCAGAGGAGCCCAUAGAAGAAGAGGAAGAAGAGGAGGAGGAUAGAGAAGAAGACAUGGACGCCGAUGACAGAGUUGUUGAGUACCGAGAGCGGGGUCCACGAGCUGGGGAGGCAGGGGUGCGCAGUCGUUUAGGGGGCUCUUCUUCUGCAUCUUCAGAUUCAGAUGAAAUGGACUAUGAUCUAGAGCUGAAAAUGAUCUCGACACCUUCACCUAAAAAAAGUAUGAAGAUGACCAUGUAUGCUGAUGAGGUUGAGAGCAACCUUAAAACCCUCCGAAAUUCCAUUCGGAGUGACUCUGGUACAUCCAGUAGCAGCAGUAGUGUACGGAGUCGUAUUGGUAGUGGUGCUCCCAAACCUACCUCUGAGAAAGUCACAGAUGUCAGGCAGUUACUGGAAGAGAAAAGGCAGGGCCUGUCUCAUCAGAGAACACGCCCCCCUGUGGUCCCCACUGGAAAGACAGAUGUAAGACAGCGGUUGGGAAAGAGACCCCAUUCUCCAGACAGACAACGCUCAGUCUCUCCUGUCCCCCAGAGAAACACAGCCCCUCGUAGAGAACCUCAAACUGACGUUCACAGCAGACUUGGUGUGACUAAACAAGAAAAACGAGGCCUCUAUUCAGAAUCAUCCAAAGACAAAAAGUCAGGUGGUCUGUGGAGCCGACUGGGACCAUCUAAAGAUAGUGAAGCUGAUCGCAAAUUUUCUGGACGGAUAGGGAGUAGCGUUUCCCUCUCACGGGACCGGCAACAGGAUGAUGUGGACUCUGAUGGAGUUGACGAUUCCAAUGAUGAUGAUGAUUCUCAACUACAAAAGAUGUGGGGGGCCAUGAUCAAACAAAAGGAGCAACAGUCCAGUAAAAUGAAGAAAAGCCGGCUAGACAAUCUUCCCUCACUGCAGAUCGAGAUAAGCCGAGACAGCAGCAACGGUUCCGACAGUGACUCCUGAAAAGGAACGAGAGACUUAAGCUAAAGGGUGGAUCAGUGAGGGAGAAGAGGUGGGAAAUCCGUGUUGUUGAAUUGUUAAAUAGACCCUUAAACUAGAAAUACUCACUUUCCAGACCUAGUCUGGAUUUGGAACCUGGAGACUUCCAUCCCCACUUCUCUCUUUCUCUCUCUCCUCACCCACAAAAAGAAAGAGAGAAUACUGGAAUGUGUCCUUGUUUAAACGGUCAAUAAACAAACACCCUCCUUUUUUUCUUUUUUGUUUUUUCUUUUAAAAUAAAUUGAUGUGAUUGGUUGUGGUAUCUUUACACAUUUACAAGGCCCAAAUAUUUUUUAUGGUAAUGCACCAAGUUAUCCAGAAAAUCAGCAGUGAAUGUCAAGGCUUGGUAUAAGACUAAAAAACAGCAGUGUAAUCAGAUGUCUAUAGACAGUACUUUUGUGGUGAAUAAUCCUGUCAGUGAGAACAGUCAGUUUUUAUGUGAAGGCUGGUUUAUUAAUGUGUGAGAAAAUUCUGAUUGAAGCCAUGAAGAAAAAUGCAUUGGACUGUGACUGUUCAGUACUGUAUAUGGUGCACAAUACUGUAGCCAAUCAACAUGAUCAUUUCCCUAAAGAGGAGUGGAAAACAUUCCCAAUAAUGUGGUGAGUGAGUUUAACAAGCAAGAAAAGUAUAAUGUCUGUGAAAAUAAACAUUUUUUACAUAA